CCCCCCAUGCUUGAUCUUCCAGCAGUACCAAUAUCAAGUAUCAUAGUGAGUACCACGCCCAAUCUAGCCGAAACAAACCAUAACGAAUAUGGACGGUCUAAGAGCCAUCAUCUAGUAAAGACAGCAAGCCCAGUUAUUUUGACUACGCAACAAGCCCAAAGCCGUUCACAACCAGGGUCUAGAUUUUUGGACGAGUCAACUCGUGCUGAACCUUUGCCAGCCAUCUCCGUGCCACUUGCGGUUGAAGCUAUUGCCAUCGAGCCAAUAUCCGCGUCAGCGCCAGCAGCAUCAGUGGCCGCUCCAAACUUUGAUAAAACGCUACCUAAAAUUCAUGAAUCGACAUCUCGGUCUAGGAUGAUUGAGAGACCAGUAGAUUAUAAAAACAAGAAGGCCAUUCCACCACUCAAGGCUAGUUCCAGCACCAGCAGUGAUCAAAGCAAUGGUUUUAUUAAUAUAUCACCAUCUACGCAAGGGCCUGUAUCUCCUAUUAGUAACAAACCAUUGCCAAGACUAGGUAAUGAUCCAAGCGCAGGUGAGACAUCGAUUAACAGAGGAUUUGAGACUGGUCCUGCAGGCGUACGCGGAGCACCCAAAGCGAUAAACCCUAAACUACAGGCGUACAUCCAGAAAUAUAAUUUAGCAGCGAGUGCACGACCAUAAACAUUUAUGAUCCAAAAUUUGCCAUUAUAUUUUUGAAUUUAUAUUUAGUCCACAAUGACAUGUUGUUCCUUUUAUACUUGCAAGUGCGGCGCAUUUGCAUUUUUGGUGGUACAGGAGACAGACAAAGGUAGACUCACGAAAAGCAG